AUGCUGCUUUGGGCGCAAAGCCAUGGGACUGCCGGAGCCGGCUGCUACGCCCGAAUUGCGGGACUUGGUGGAGGUCUGGUUUGUCUCCUUGGCUACGUCAAUUUCUUCGCUUGGCUAUGGGCAUGCCAACUUAGAGCAUUCCCAGGCUAUCGAGGAAAGUACAAGAACCUCUGGCUGACCUUCACGGUACACUGGGAAACCUUGAAGCGAUUCGUGGGACUUCUCACAAGCCCGAUCAGGAGGCUGCCUGAUUUCUACGUGGUUGGUUGUCCAAAGUGCGGCACCAGUACCAUAUACCACUACCUGACGUUGCACCCACGCAUUGUCCUGCCGGCUUACAAAGAAUCGCGCUUCAUCUGGGGGAGGACCGGCUUGUAUUUGUCAUCUUUGCGGCUUCGAUCGCUCUUUCCGACUUGGAUUCAAUGUCCCUCCGGGCAUCUUACUUUCGAUGCGGAUCCCACUGCUGCGGUGGCACCAAAGUUUGCAUCGGCACUCUUGCAUCGCCUUACACCGAAUGCCAAGAUCAUUAUUGCAUACCGAGAGCCCGUGGAGGCAGCAUGGUCUAUGUACAGAUUUCGAUCACGCAUCAAAGGACGUUUUGAUUUCGGUUGGACCUUUCAGCAGAUGUACGGCUUGGAAAGAAAAUUGGCACAGUCCUCGUGUUGGGCAGAAUUAGAUGCGCUGGCUGACUCCCUGGACGAGGGAGCUACGUCUGUUUGGAUCACACCGGACAUUGCUUUCCAUGGGGUGAAUUCUUCGAUGUUGCGACCACAGAGAAUCGCUGACGUGCUGGCUGAGUUCGAAGCUCGAUUCGGACAGGGCAAUGUGCUGUUGAUCCCAUUCAGUGCCUUGGUGUCCAGUACAGAAGCUACCAUGCGACGCAUCUAUCGAUUCGUUGGGUUGGACGCCGAGACAAUUCAACUCCCAUCUCGGCUCAACGUCCAGCCAGAAGACGUCAUGGAGCUUGUGGUAUCAAAGGAGACCCGAUGCCAAUCUCUUACGGACGAUGCCGCGCGCCUUUUGACGGCUUACUAUGCAGAGCAGAAGCUCAAGUUUGCUGAGAUGACGGGGGAGACCUUCGAAUGUCAUACGGACCCCAGCAUAGGUGAUGUAUCCCAGGGAAGUGCUGCAUCUGAGGAUAUCGGUUCAAUUAGCUAG